AAGGCUGAUAAUUUUUCUUUAACUUUUUCGAUGAUUUCGAGCUCCUUACAAAUGCUAAUUCUGACAAAGUCAAAUCUGGCAUUGGUCAAGCCGAUAUAGCAGGAGCUACCUGGGAUGAAGGCAAUACCUACUUCUCAAGCCAUCCAUCUACAGAAUGCUACAUCAAGAGGAACUUUAUGGUCAUCAAAGGUUCUCUUGAGUAUGGUUGCGUCAUCUGUAUAGUCUUCUGAGAAAUAUUUCUCAGGAAUCAUAUCUUUAACUUCACUGAUCUCGAGUGUCAUGGAGAAACCACCUUCAACGAUUGAUGGAUAUAGGGGUAAUGAGCACUGUUGGAACACUUCAGCGAGUCCUUUAUUAACUUCAGAAUAUCAAUUUGUGCAAGGAUAUUGAAAUUCCAAAUAGCACUUUCAUGAUACAGAGCUAUUCUAUCCAUAAUAUCUUUAGGGGCGAUGACCCAUCCGACCUUCCACCCAGUACAUGCGAAUCUUUUACCAGCAUUAU